GUAUAUGGCUACCGGAUGAAUAUGCUCAGAUUGCUGAUUCCUUUCGGCUCAUUAUUUCUAGUCGUUCGCCCAUUCCUACUAUCCAGUGACGACGAGCCUAAAAGAUGCUAUGAACUCGAAUUGGAAAACUGCUUUCGGGAAGCAUUUUUGUCAGCAAUUCAUCCACCAAUCUUUCACAAACGUGAUGUACCUGUCUUUCACAACGAAACAACUGUAACGCCAGAACGACCCAUUGAAAAGAAAAAACGUGUACGACAAAUACAAAUUUGUCACGAUGUACGAAAAUUCUCGUCGUGCUUUAUUCGUCCCGGAUGCUCUGAUCAACAAGCCGCAAAUAUCGCUUCGGUUCAAUACCAUAUGGUUUUUGGAAAGAAAUUACCAAUGCAUGUAUUUCUAGCCUAUCGAGGUUAUGGAAGAGAGCUCUGUGAUCAACAAUGUUAUGGAAACAACUUGGCAAAAUGCAAAAACAAAAUGAGCCAAGACGAACAACAAGAAGAGCAAGGAUACAUCCUCGAAUUAUCCUCAAUCAUUGGUCAUAUUGCUCCUGAUCGAGACGUCACAGUUGCAUGCAAUAGAUUCAAUAAAAUUCUUAUAAAUUUAAUGCGGUUACGAAAAACACACUGUGGAGAUAUGGCAAGGUGUACAUGUACAGACAGCACCGUUCAACAGGGUGUCGAUGGCUGUAAUUCUGGCUGUGAACACCUGCUGCAUCUGGAUCUGGAUCAACUGGCCACUAGUUCCAAAAAUCAUUCAUUUUCUUUCUUUCUAUGCAACCUCCUACUGUAUCUUUCCUAUGUGUUCAUUGUGAUUUAGAGUGUUAUUUAGUUGACGGGUAAACAAAUGUGAAUUCAAUUUCAUCUAGCUCAUUAAAAUUCAAGGAUCUUUUUUCUUUUAUAAAAUUUUUUUAAUUUUUUAAUU